GAACUCCUCACCAACCUCAACAAUGUGGUCGCGCCUCUUGCCCAUACUGGCUCUGUCCUCGCUCGCAGCAUCGGCGCCUACUCUUUGCAUGUGUGAUGAGCUCCCAGUAUGCAUUGUUGGUGCCGGCCCCGCAGGCCUAGCUGCGGCAGCCCGGUUAGAAGAGAAGGGUAUCAAGGCCGUCAUGUUUGACCGUCAACCAGAAGUUGGUGGUAAAUGUCAAGCUUGGUACGACCAGGAAGGCACCUUCCACCCCCUCGGCGCCGCCUUUCUCUCCAAUGCAAGCUAUCCAGACACUCUGAGUAUCCUCAACGAGACGAAUGUUCCAAUUCAAUCCUUUGCGCUCGCAGGCGCCCGCGAAAUGUUCCGGUACAACUACACAACUGGCAGCAUCGACCCAAACCCCGCAAUCAGUCCCGUGUUUACAGCUACCGUGUCUGCGGAGAUUCCGAGGUACAUGGCGUUGUGGAAUGAGCGCUUCCGGCCGAUCAGCGCUGUGAACUACAAGGAUGGUGUGCCAGAAGAAUUUACUGUCUCAGGCGCCGAAUGGUUCCGCCAAAACAACUUCACGGCGCUCCCAAUUCUUUUGGUAAAUCCGGUUGCGUUAUAUGGUUACGGCGAUAUCAACAUCGUACCUGCACUCUACAUCUUGCAGUACUUCACUCCAGAUAUCCUUACGGCCUUUGUCGGACUGCACAGCGUCUAUUACUUGGACUUUCAUAAGAUGUUCGUCGAAUUUGCAAAGAACAAAGUUUGCACAACCGACAUUCUCACUUCAUCCGAGGUCCGCUGCAUCGAUCGGUCCGGCAAGAACCCUGUCGUGUCUUACACUACGCCCAGCAACAACUACGUCGCUUGGAAGAAGCAAGAGUGCAAAGAGGUCAUCUUGGCCUUCCCGCCGAACAUCGACAACUUGGAGCGUGCCGGAUUAGACAUGACCGAGGUUGAACAUGCGACCUUCCAGAACGUCACGACGCAUCAGUACUACUCCUCGGCUGUUGAGCUGGAGCUUCCCUUUGGUGUAUCCUACAUCGCCAACGCCACAAACGACACAGUCCCACCACCAAACGACGGUGAACCGGUAGCUGUACUGCACUUGACUGAAUCGUCCAACGUCUCGGUAGCCUGGUCAUGGGGUCCUUAUGAAUUCCAGACCGAAGAGGCCGCGCGACAAUUGCUCAAAAAGAGUCUGUCAGAAGUCAACAAGGACCCGCGCAACGCCAAUGCAACGUCUCGCCCUGUCACCGACUCCGACGUGAAGGCGUUCCGCAAGUGGGACUACUUUCCCCAUUUCGGAAGCAAGGCGCUUUGCGAGGGGGCCUACGCCAAGCUUAUUGAUCUUCAAGGCCAGAAGAAGACCUACUAUGCCAGUGGACUUAGCGGCAUGGAAAUAGUCGAAUGGGCCGUGAGGGGUGGACGCGAAGUUGUUGAUACCUACUUUUAG